CACGCGCCGGUAGCCCCGGCACUGCAGCGGCCGCAGGAUGGCCGAGGCUAUCGGCUGCACUCUGAACUGUAGUUGCCAAAGCUUCAAACCAGGGAAAAUAAACCACCGUCAGUGUGAGCAGUGCAGACAUGGAUGGGUGGCCCACGCUCUAAGUAAGUUGAGGAUCCCUGCUGUGUAUCCAGCAAGCCAGGUGGAGAUUGUCCAGUCCAAUGUGGUGUUUGAUAUUAGCAGCCUCAUGCUGUAUGGGACCCAGGCCAUCCCUGUUCGCCUGAAAAUCCUACUGGACCGACUCUUCAGUGUAUUAAAGCAAGAUGAGGUCCUCCAGAUUCUCCAUGCCUUGGACUGGACCCUUCAGGAUUACAUCCGUGGAUACGUGCUGCAGGAUGCGUCAGGAAAGGUGCUGGAUCACUGGAGCAUCAUGACCAGCGAGGAGGAGGUAGCCACCCUGCAGCAGUUCCUCCGUUUUGGGGAGACCAAGUCCAUAGUUGAACUCAUGGCGAUUCAAGAGAAAGAAGAGCAGUCCGUCGUCAUCCCGCCUUCGACAGCAAACGUCGAUAUCCGGGCUUUCAUCGAGAGCUGCAGCCACAGAAGCGCCAGCCUCCCGGCCCCUGUGGACAAAGGAAACCCCAGCAGUAUACACCCCUUUGAGAACUUCAUAAACAACAUGACUUUCAUGCUGCCUUUCCAGUUCUUCAACCCUGUGCCUCCCGCACUGAUAGGGUCACUGCCCGAACCAUAUGUGCUGGAGCAGGGUCAGGACCAGAGUCAGGACCCCAAACAGGAAAUCCACGGACCUUUCCCCGACAGCAGCUUCUUAACUUCCAGGUCCACUCCAUUUCAGGUUGAAAAAGAGCAGUGUCUAAACUGUCCAGAUGCUGUUACUAAAAAGGAAGAUAACGCCCAUUUAAGUGACUCCAGCUCAUACAACAUCGUCACAAAGCUAGAAAGGGCACAGCUGUCCCCCGAGGCCAAAGUGAAGUCUGAGAGGAGCAGCCUCGGCACGAAGAAGGGCCGGGUGUUCUGCACAGCGUGCGAGAAGACCUUCUACGACAAAGGCACCCUCAAGAUCCACUACAACGCCGUCCACCUGAAGAUCAAGCACAAGUGCACCAUUGAAGGCUGCAACAUGGUGUUCAGCUCCCUGAGGAGCCGGAACCGCCACAGCGCCAACCCCAACCCCCGGCUGCACAUGCCGAUGAACAGAAAUAACAGGGACAAAGAUCUGAGGAACAGCCUGAACCUGGCCGCCUCUGAGAGCUACAGGCGCCCGGGUUUCAGGGUGACUUCUCCAGACUGUCGGCCUCUCCCUGGCUACACUGGUUCAGGGGAGGAUUCCAGGAGCCAACCAGCCUUCCCAAGUAUCGGGCAAAACGGGGUUCUUUUUCCCAACCUGAAGACUGUCCAGCCGGUCCUUCCUUUCUACCGCAGUCCGGCCACUCCAGCUGAGCUGGCAAACACACCUGGGAUGCUGCCUUCCCUCCCCCUGUUGUCCUCUUCAAUCCCAGAACAGCUGGUUUCCAAUGAAAUGCCAUUUGAUGCCCUUCCGAAGAAGAAAUCCCGAAAGUCCAGUAUGCCCAUCAAAAUAGAGAAGGAGUCCGUGGAGGUAGCUGACGAGAAGAGGCACACUCUCAGCUCAGAUGAAGACAUGCCCCUGCAGGUGGUCAGUGAAGAUGAGCUGGAGGCCUGCAGUCCCCAAUCAGACAGAGUCCCCGAGGAGCAGCACACGCCGUCAGGAAGUUUAGGGAAGCCUUGCCCUGAAGGAGAGAGGCCCUGCCAUCUCAAACCGGUGUUGGAGUCCAGUGGAGCCAUCUUCCGAACCCCCGAGCAGGCCACACACAACUUGGAGAGGGAGACUGAGCACACGUCGGUGCUGACCGUGGUGCCCCGGGAUGGGGAGGAGGAUGGCCGUGAACCUUACCUCACACCUGGGGUGGAGCCCUGUGUUCCUUUUUCUGACUACAUCAAACUGCAGCAGCGCCUCCUGGCCGGGGGACUCUUCAGUGCUUUGUCCAACCGAGGAAUGGCUUUUCCUUGUUUUGAAGAUCCCAAAGAGCUGGAGCACAUGGGUCAGCACGCAUUAUCGAGGCAGAAGGAGGAAAAUCGCUUCCAGUGUGACAUCUGCAAGAAGACCUUUAAAAAUGCUUGUGGUGUGAAAAUGCAUCACAAGAACAUGCACGCCAAAGAAACGCAUGUGUGCACAGUGGAGGGCUGUAAGGCCACGUUCCCUUCCCGCAGGAGCAGAGACAGACACAGUUCAAACCUAAACCUCCACCAAAAAGUGCUGACCCCAGAAGCACUGGAGAGCGGUGAAGACCAUUUCCGUGCAGCCUACCUUCUGAAAGACGUGGCCAAGGAGGCCUAUCAGGAUGUGGCUUUCACACCACAAGCCUCCCAGACAUCUGUCAUCUUCAAGGGAACAAGUCGGAUGAGCAGUCUGGUUUACCCGAUAGCCCAAGUCCACAGCGCCGGCCUGGAGAGCUACAACUCUGGUCCGCCAAGCGAGGGCACUGUCCUGGAUUUGAGUACUACCUCAAGCAUGAAGUCAGAGAGCAGCAGCCAUUCCUCCUGGGACUCAGAUGGGGCAAGCGAGGAGGGCGCCAUGCUCAUGGAGGACAGCGAUGGGAACUGUGACGGGCCGAGCCUGGCCCCCGGGGAAGAUGACUAUCCCAUCUGCGUCCUGAUGGAGAAGGCCGACCGGAGCCUCGCCAGCCUGCCUUCUGGGUUGCCCAUCACGUGUCACCUCUGCCAAAAGACAUACAGUAAUAAAGGGACCUUCAGGGCCCACUACAAAACCGUGCACCUCCGCCAGCUCCACAAAUGCAAAGUCCCAGGCUGCAACACGAUGUUCUCGUCUGUGCGCAGUCGAAACAGACACAGCCAGAAUCCCAACCUGCACAAAAGCCUGGCCUCCUCUCCACAUCACCUCCAGUAACAAGGUGGUGUACCACAUUUGCUCAGAUAACCGUUUGUCACAAUUCAGGAAUAAAAUAGUCCAAAGAAAUGUUUCUAACUCUGUCGAAUACCAUUUGGGGCAAGCCAGGCAAAGAAUAUUUGAGUUGACUAUGGCCUUCUACAGCAGGAUGAGCAAAAGAUAAGCCUUGUGGGAAGUUGUCACUGGGGCAGCGUUUCCUAUUAUUUUUCUUACCCCAAGAGGUUUUUCACUGACAUAACAAAAGCUUGCAGAAACGGAGUUUUUUUCCAGAUCUGUUUACACAUUCCCUGGGAGAGCUCCAGGUCUGCACAUUGACAACAGGGGCCCAGGACCUAAGGGCGGCUUGAAGUGAGGCUUGUUGUAUUAAGGGCCAAUCAAGUGUCUUAGGGAAACAAACUUGUCACCAUAGGUGACACCAGAAGCCAGUCCCAAAGAUCACUUUUUCCAGUUCCUGCUUUAAUGAGUCUGAAAUCCUGGCUCGAGUUUGGGAAAAAUGACUAUUUGAGAUUAUUCCCUCCGUUUCAAGUGGAGAAUUGCUUCUCCCCACCCCCCAGUCUCUCAUGUGUUACUCCAGGGAGUUCUCAGAGGAAGCAGGUUGGCCUCUAAUACAUAGGAACAUGGAUGUUAGUUCUUGUCUGUAACACGUGUUCAAGAAGUUAAGGGAGAAAUACUUCAUGCACUUAAAAAUAGUGGUCUUCAAUUUAAUUUAAAAUAAGUCUGAUAAUAUUUAAUUUGUGUUUAUGUUAUGUGAGUAUUUGGGGUGAGUAUUUGAGGCAUGUCAGUGUGACCUCUGGGUCUCUGCUCAAAAGCAGAACGCGUGACAGCCUAAGUUCAAAACCACUGCCCAUUUUCGUUUGGUGAACUUCAGAGUCUGUUCAUUUAGAUCCCCCGUGGAACGAAUGCAGGUCUGGCAGGACCGUUUGUAUAUAGUCAGCCAAAGCGUUUAGAGAACACGGUUCUGAUGGUGGUUGUGCAUUUUCAGUAUCACUGGAUCCCUCAGUCUUCACCCUUUUAUAAAUGUGUAAGAUUAGAAUGAACUUUCGAAUUUAAAUGGUAGAGAGAAAAAUAGGACAUUAUUGCCAUACUGUAUGUCUUAAUAUUUAACUUAUUCUAAAAUAUAUCCUGCACCAUUAUACACAUUUGCUGUUGUAAGAAAGGAGCUUAAUCGGUCCUGUGAAAGGAGACCAUCUCCUGAAAUUCAGCAUUUACAAUACCCUACAAGCCCACAGGAGGGAAAAAGAAAUUGAUUUUGUUUUAAGACUUAAAGUUAACCACCUUUUAAACUCAAGGUUGGUUUCAGUAAUGAAAAAUAUCCUUAAAGAGAAUGGGGGGGGGGGUUAAAAGAGAUAUUAUUCCUCUGCCCCAAAGGUGGAAAAUGCCAAUAAUGCUGUUACUGAUUAUUUCAAAAUUUUUAAAAAAAUAAAUGUGACAACUUAAAACUUGUCUCUGCUUAAAGUGAGAUAUAUCGUUCAACUGUUUUGUUACCCAGCUGUUUAGUAUUCCAGUUUCCUGAAAGCGGAAAAAUUUGUAUACAAAUGAAUUUUCUAUGAUUUAAUAAAAUAUAUGACACACUUUUUGU